AUGCCAACUUACAACUUAAAUGUAACUGUGCUUUAUAAAUGUUAUUUGAUAAAAAAAAAACUGCCCACUCCAGAGAUCUCCUGGCAGAAGGAUGGCGGAGAGCUGCCGAACAGCAGGAUGUCCUUUAAUAACUUCAAGAAAACACUCAAGGUUUUGGAUGUGACAGAAGCUGAUGGUGGGGAUUACCGCUGUACAGCCACAAAUAACUUGGGGACUGUACACCACAUUAUCAAGGUCACCGUCAAGGCUUCUCCUUUCUGGGUCAGCGCUCCCAGGAACCUGAUCCUUGCCCCUAAUGAGACUGGCAUCCUGACUUGUCGAGUCAAUGGAGAUCCCAAACCUAAAAUUUCUUGGUUUGUCAAUGGCGUCCCCAUAGAGAAUGUACCUGAGGACCACAGUCGGAAAGUGGAGGAUGACACUGUGAUUCUCAGCAAUGUGCAAUCAGGGUCCAGUGCUGUCUACCAGUGUAAUGCAUCCAAUGAAUUUGGUUACCUUUUGGCCAACGCCUUUGUCAACGUUCUCGCUGAGCCACCAAGGGUGCUCACUCCACCUAACCGCGUGUACCAGGUCAUCACCAACAACCCUGCAUUACUUCACUGUGCCUCCUUUGGCUCACCGAUACCAACCAUCACAUGGUUUAAAGAUAGUCAGACUAGCAUUAAAAGUGGUGACCCUUAUGUGAUCCAUGAGAAUGGUACAUUGGAGAUCCAUGUGGCCCAGCCACUAAACAGUGGAAAGUACACCUGCAUUGCCACCAACAACCUUGGAAUCAAGGAGAAUCAUGUCUACCUGGAGGUUAAAGAGCCGACUCGUAUCCUGAAACAGCCUGAGUACAAGGUGGUGCAGAGAGGAAUGAGUGCUGUGUUUGAAUGUAAAGUCAAACAUGACCCAUCCCUCGUUCCCGUCAUGACCUGGCUCAAAGACAAUGGAGAACUGCCUGAUGAUGAGAGGUUUGUUGUGGACACGGACUUGGAUAGUCUGACCGUCAAAGACGUGACAGAUGGAGAUGAGGGCACCUACACCUGCAUCAUGAACACCACCCUGGACAAGGACUCAGCCAGUGCUAUGCUGACUGUCGUAGAGGCUACUCCUACGCCAGCUAUUGUCUACGAGAAACCCGACCCUCCGACUGACCUGGAACUGACAGACCAGACAGAGAGGAGCGUUCAGCUCACCUGGAUCCCUGGAGACGAACACAACAGUCCCACACAGAAGUUUUUGAUCCAAUACGAAGAUCUGCUCCACCAGCCAGGAAUCUGGAUCAACCUGACCGAAGCUGCCGGUACUAGCACCACAGUGCGGUUAAAUCUUUCUCCAUACGUCUACUACUCAUUCAGAGUCCUGGCUCUGAAUCACGUCGGCUACAGUGAGCCAAGCCAAGCCUCAAGCCAAUACAGGACCAACCCUGCAGCUCCUGAUGAAAAUCCAUCUAAUGUUCAGGGAGCAGGGACAAUGCCUGGCAAUCUAGUCAUCUCCUGGACACCACUGACAGGAUUUCAGGCUAAUGGACCCGGUCUGGAGUACAAAGUUCAGUGGAGACAAAAGGACGUAGAUGAGGACUGGUCCUCAAAGACUGUGGCCAAUGUCUCCCAGUUUAUUGUGUCUGGAACUCCAACCUACGUGCCCUACGAGAUCAAGGUUCAAGCUUUAAAUGAUUAUGGCAACGGGCCAGAGCCUGAAGCAGUGAUGGGAUACUCUGGAGAAGACUUGCCUUUGUCUGCCCCUGACAGUGUGCAGAUUAUAGUGCGCAACAGCACACUUGCAGAAGUGCAUUGGGAGCCUGUUUCUUUCCCCUCAGUCAGAGGAAAACUACAGGGAUACAGGGUAUACUACCGGCGUGAGCGUGGCUUGCAUGAGACAGAGGAGGACACCGAGCAACAGGAACAAGUUCUGACAUUCAGUGGGAAUCGUAGCGAGGGACGCCUGCCAGGCCUCCAGCCUUACAGCCUCUACAACCUCACCAUCAGGGUCCUCAAUAGCAAAGGAGAAGGACCUCCUAGCCAGAGCGAGAAAUUUGCAACACCUGAGGGAGUCCCAGGGCCUCCUUCUUUCCUGAAUGUCAUAAACCCUGGUUUAGACUCUCUCACUCUGGAAUGGGGCCCACCAAUCAACAACAAUGGACGUCUUGCUGGAUACACACUGAAAUACCAACCAGUCAAUAACACCAGUGAACUGGGACCAGUCAAGGUCAUGAACUUCCCUCCCAAUGAGACCACCAUCACCCUGGGCAACCUAAACUCCAGCAUGCUCUACAAGUUUUACUUGAGUGCAAAGACAACCAAGGGCUCAGGCCCCGUCAUCACUGAGGAGGCCUUCACGGUCAUGGACACAAUUCGUACUCAGCCCCCUGUAGAGCCGGGCAAAGGCCCUACAGAGCCCCCUCACCCAACCCCCCCCAUCACUCAGUCUCCGAGUCCCCCGAUUCAUAAGGCGCCACCUGUCGGCCCUGCGUUUGGCACAGUUAACACAUCUGUAUCGGAGGACGGUGCAGUGAUCAGUUGGGAUUACUUUGGACACCAUAAGAAUGUAUAUGUGGAGUAUAUUGUAGAAAACAGUAAAGAGGACUGGAAAAAGGAGUUGGUAAAUGGUUCACACUGGCAUAUGAUUAAAGGUCUAAAGCCGGGGACGUCCUAUAAGGUCCGUGUGGUAGCUAGAGACCCGGCUGACCCGACUGUCCACAGCACAGAUGAAGUGUUGAUUGCAGUGCCAGCUGCACCCAGCCGGCAGGUGGACAUCGCAACUCAGGGCUGGUUUAUUGGACUAAUGUGUGCCAUCGCUCUCCUCAUCUUAGUCCUCCUCAUAGUGUGCUUCAUCAAGAGGAACAAGGGUGGCAAAUAUCCAGUGAAAGAAAAAGAAGAUGCUCACCAAGACCCAGAGAUCCAGCCUAUGAAGGAGGAUGAUGGGACAUUUGGAGAGUACAGUGACACUGAAGACCACAAGCCGCUGAAGGGCAGCCGGACGCCGUCCAAUGGGACGGUGCGCCGCGACGAGAGUGACGACAGCCUGGUGGACUAUGGGGAGGGCGGGGACGGACAGUUCAACGAGGACGGCUCCUUCAUCGGCCAGUACAGCGGCAAGAAAGAGAAAGACACACAUGAAGGCAACGAGAGCUCGGAGGCCCCAUCGCCCGUCAACGCCAUGAACUCGUUCGUCUAACGAAGGGGCCGCGGCCUGGCUGCGACGAUUGCUAUGGCCACUCCAUGUCACCCUGGCAAAUGUGACCAUCUCGGCAUGGUGACAGUUGCUAAGGUGACAGUCGUUGUGGACUUCUACCAUGGUGGCUGUCACUCCGGUGGCCCCCCUCGCCACGGCUACCUGUCACCAAGACUGCUGACACGCCCUCAUCUCCCACACCCGCCAGCCCCUGUCACACUGUGACCCCCUGAUCAACACACACUCAACAUGGCCAAAACACCACAUUCCCACAUAACCAUUGAAAGGUGUGAAACGAGGGAUGUGAGGACUCUGAGAAAAGAGGGAAGGAGAGAGGAAGCAAUACAGAAAAGCAGAAGGAAUGUACGAGAGUUUUCCCACUCAGACUGAGCAGAAGUGUGUGUGUGUGUGUGUGUGUGUGUGUGUGUGUGUGUGUGUGUGUGUGUGUGUUAGUGCCAUUUGAUCUCUCCAACAAACAUGAUGUAUCCAAAUAUAUAUUUUAUCAAAGUGACCCGCAGGCAGGCAAUAUGCAUUGAAUCAUAAACAUCUGCAUGUAAAUCAUGAUUCUGUUGAGCAUUUUACCACCUUCGUGUUGCAGAGGUGAGCUGUGUGUUGAGACUGUAUAUGGUGCACGCCUAUAGCGACUGGGUAUUCCUUUUUUUUUUUUUCAGUCAAAGUGUUAAAUGGCGUAUGAUAUAUAGAGAAAAAAUGGCGGCAGGGUCUUUUGUGGACACCACCGCGAAAAGUGUGACUCAAAGUAGAAGCUAGCAUAUGUCUUUUUGAGACAGAUGAACUGUUUGUACAUAUGUAACAGAAUAAGAAGAAAGCUAUAUUUCAAAGUCGGGGAUGUCAAUGUGUCGUCAUUGGAAACCUGGCGAGAAACACUUCGGUCACCAGCCAGCCAGAACUCCCUCACUUAUUGUAAUCGGCCUGUUUUUACCCUCAUGUUCUCUCCAGAUUGCUUGCUUUUUUCCUUUUCUUUCCUAAUCUGUUCCUUCACUUUGAGCCUAUGCUUCUUGCGACAAAGCACUAACUGUACUGCUGUGAUUGAGCCAGUGUCAUCGUCAAGUGCUUCCUAGGCCUUUAUUUUAGGUGAUUGUGUUGUUGUUAACACCAACUGCUGCCCCAACAUCAUCUUUAAUAGCAUUUCCAUUUAUGUACUGGCAGAAAGAAAGGAAUUACAUACAAUUAAUGCACCUGAGCAGGAUCCAGUGGGACACACUUUAAUUUCUGGAUGAUUAGAUUUUGAUGAUCAAGAACCUCUCAGCACGGUUUCUAGUGCCUUCGUAGAGAACAGUGACAUAGAUCCAUAGUUACAUCCCUCUUCAUACACAGGACAGACCUGGAAUCAGUG